AUGAAGGUCUUGGCGGCAGGAGUCGUGCCCCUGCUACUAGUUCUGCACUGGAAACACGGAGCGGGGAGCCCCCUUCCCAUCACCCCUGUCAAUGCCACCUGUGUCACACGCCACCCAUGUCACAGCAACGUUAUGAGCCAGAUCAAGAACCAACUGGCGCAGCUCAAUGGCAGUGCCAACGCCCUCUUUAUUCUCUAUUACACAGCCCAGGGGGAGCCGUUUCCCAACAACCUGGACAAGCUGUGUGGCCCCAACGUGACAGACUUCCCACCCUUCCACGCCAAUGGCACGGAGAAGGCCAAGCUGGUGGAGCUAUACCGCAUCAUCACCUACCUUGGCACCUCCCUGGGCAACAUCACCCGGGACCAGAAGAUCCUCAACCCCAACGCCCUCAGCCUCCACAGCAAGCUCAAUGCCACCGCGGACAUCAUGCGAGGCCUCCUCAGCAACGUGCUGUGCCGCCUGUGCAGCAAGUACCACGUGGCCCACGUGGAUGUGGCCUACGGCCCUGACACCUCAGGCAAGGACGUCUUCCAGAAGAAAAAGCUGGGUUGUCAGCUCCUGGGGAAGUAUAAGCAGGUCAUCGCCGUGGUGGCCCAGGCCUUUUAG